UCCAUUGUGUUGGGACAGAGAUCAGUAUCUCUAACAGCACGUAAUCCCUUUGAAGGGGAGAUAAGUCAGGUGAAUGUUUACAGUAAAGCCCUGAGCCAAACAGCUAUCCAGGCUAUGGCCAACAACUGUACCACAAGCCAGGAACUAGGCGAUCGCCAUCAGUGGCCCGAAUUCAGUAGCUAUCUCCGUGGUAACGUCAGUGUAAUAAUGCCCACUAUCUGUGGGGCAUCCACCUGUCCCCCUGGUAUGAAGGGGCCUCGUUGUGACUUGCUUAUAGACAAAAACCCUCCUGUGGUACACAACUGUACUGACAACAUCAUGAUUGUGAGUAACCAGCGUCUCAACAAGGUGGACUGGCAGGAGCCAGGCUUCUCUGACAACAUAGGGGUAAAGAACAUCACCAAGACACACCGACCAGGAAUCACUUUAUCCUACGGACAGUAUAGAGUUCACUACACAGCCUUCGACGAGGAGGGAAACUUUGCCAUUUGUACCUUUGACAUAUUCAUUAAACCCCAGGACUGUGUGAUGCCAGUUAGUCCUACCAAUGUACAAAUGGAGUGGAUGUCUUGGGAGAAAGGGCUGUCCUUCCAUAUUGCCUGUCAAGACUCUCUCCUACAGACUUUUCCUGUCCCAGUCCCUACCUGGUACACAUGUGGCAUUGAGGGCUUCUGGGACCCCCCACAAGGAACAGACUUCACAAUCCCAAGUUGUGCUGGGGUGACAUCAGCGUCUGGUAGUCUGACAGGAGAGAUGAAGUUCUCCGGACCAGCCUGUACGGAAACGUCUCUACAGAGCCUGAAGAAAGACACUCUGGACGUGUUCCUGAACAUGUACCAGUCCUUAUGUCCAUCAUCGAACUGUAGUGCAGUCAGCAUCCAUGUUGACUGUGGAGGAUUGGGUGUGAAAAGAAGGAAAAGACAAGCUGACAACACCUACAGUGUUGUCUUUGAUCUACCUGUUAAUGGGUCAUCAUUGGGCAGUUCUGGUAAUGCUGGGAAUUUGAUAUUUGAGACCAUGGUGAAGGAGGGAAGUUUUGACACAACUGACUUUGUACUAGAUAAGAACAAUGCUAGUAUUAAAAGUGCUAUACAGUGUGAGGAGAUGGGACAGGUCCUUACUCCAGAUAACCUCUGUGUGAAUUGUGCUGUUGGAACAUAUCAAAAUGGCAACGCAUGUGAGUUGUGUCCAAUUGGUCAGUACUCCGACUCUGAGAAACAGACUUCAUGUGAGAACUGUCAGACAGGAACCACGACAUUGACACAAGGCACAACCCACAGUUCACACUGCUUCACAAUGUGCUUAGUAGGACAGUUUUACAGUAAAGAGACUCUGGGAUGUAGUGAUUGUAGCCUUGGUUACUACCAGGACGAGGUAGGACAGGUCACCUGUAAAUCCUGUCCUAAUGGCCAAAUGACCACAGAUAAAGGAGCUGAAUCUCUCGACCUCUGUACUGAUGCCUGUGAUUUAGGGGAGGAGCUAACUGUGUCUGGUACUACUACUAAGUGUGUGCCAUGUCAGAAGGGAACAUAUCGGGAUAGUGUUGACCUACUGGCCUGUGUUCCUUGUCCAUACAGCUACACGACACCUGGCACUGGGGCCAGCUCCAAACUCACCUGCUCUGUUGUGGAGUGUCCAGCUGGUCAGUACAGAAACAGCACCAACAGUUGUGUGAUUUGUCCACGUGGAACGUUUCAGCCAGAGAACGGUAUGUCAAGCUGUCACACUUGUGGAAAAGGCAUGACCACCAUCCACCCUGGGUCCACCUCGAGCAGUCAGUGUCUAAGUGGUCCUGUGGACGAGUGUAUGCUGCAACAGGAUGACUGCCACGAAAAUGCAGACUGUAUAGACCUUUCGGAGCUAUACAGGUGUGAGUGCAGAUCUGGCUUCUCUGGAAAUGGCACCUACUGCAGAGAUAACUGCAAAGACAUGUGCAGUGGCCAUGGAGAGUGUCGUAAAGAUGAGGAUGGCACAGCGUUCUGUGUGUGUAACGGGGGGUACACAGGGAACAACUGUCAAACAGCAGAGGGUGGACUUUUAACCAUCACUACUGUCAGUGGUGUUGGAGCAUCUCUCAUUCUAUUCACUGCUGCAGUCGUCAUCAUCUUCUGUGUCCUCAAAAGACGUCGAGCUAAUGAUAAGGACGAGAAUGAAUAUCAGGGCCUCAGUAUUGGUCGUGUCCACCGUGAAGAUGAAAUAGUCAUCUACCCCAAUGUGAUGCCAGUUCGCCUAAACCCUAUGUACCUCGGAGACUCGGAUGAUCCAACCCAUCCUGUCCGAUCCACCCCAAGCAUUGACCUUGAGAGUCCAUGGAGCUUACACCGUACUGGG